AUGUUUUGCAAUUUUGUGACACAUCAAUUUAUCAUUUACAACAUUUACGUUUUUAUUAAAAUUAGUAGAAUUAUUUUAAUUCUAAUUUGUGUGUGCUUCAAAUUAUUGUAUAAAGGUAAGUUUUUUUGUAAAUUUUAUUUUGUAUUGGUUUUACUAUGAUAUUUUUGGUAAAGCUUGGUUUAAAUAUUGGUAAAUCAUAUUAAGCUAUUCUCCUCAAUACCUAUGUGAAUAUAAAAACAACACUUUAAAAUAAGGUUCUGAUUGGGCCAUUAUGAAAAGGUGAGUCAAUAAUCAUUUAGGCUGUGACAUGCAACAGGCAUGUAGGUUCAAUUAAAACAUUUUUGUUGCUUUUAAACUUCAAGGAGGAACUUGUCUUCUAAUAUACCUAUUUAUUAAAAUAUAUUUACUUUGUGAAUUGGGCAAUUUCAUAUAUUUUUAAAAAUAUAUUGGAAAAUUAGAAUAAUUACUUAGAUUUGAAAUAAUAUAAACAGUUAUAUUAUUGGAAUUCAGUAAUUACACUGAUUGAUUUGUAAAUAACUAAUAAAUAAUAUUAAUAUCUCCCUUGUUAAUUACUACUAAUACAAUUUUUAUUAGAGCCAAGUUAUACUGAAGAAAUCAUAAAAGAAAGUAAUUUUCUUUAAAUCCUUAUUUUAAUUAUUCAAAUAAAGUAACUCAAUAUUAUUGAUGAAAUACUUUCUACCUUAAAUUUAUUGAUGCUUUACAUUUAAUUUUAACUCAAUAUAAUAUAUAUAUAUAUAUAUAUAUAUAUGGGUAUUAAAUAUUAUUUUGUAUACCUACGCAUUUUUGGUCAAAUAGGUGAAUAAUGAAAUUGAAAGUAUAUUAUAUUUAUAUUUUGAUAGAUAAAUGAUAAUUGCAUAUUAUGAUUUCAAUAAAAUAUUAAUUAUUUCUAUAAGGAACACUUUAUUUACCUAUUAUUUUAAAUGAAACAUGAACUAAUGAACUAAAUAAAAUACUAUUAAACAUAGAUUUCAAACAUUAACCUUAGGUAUACAUUGCAUAGUACCUUAUCUCAUCAGUACCUAUUUAUGUUUACCUAUUAUUAUUCUUAUUUCAUAUUAUAUUUAUAGUAAUUAUACCUAAUUAGAAAUAUUUUAUUAAUUGUAUAAUUAUUAUAGGCAUUAAAGAACAAUUUACUGGUGAAAUUUAAUCCACUUAUUUUAUUGGUUAUUUUAAAGAAGUUUCUAAAACCCAUAGAAGAGGAGAAAUUAUAUGGCAAAUAUUUCCAAUAUAAAAAUGGAAUUCUAGUCAUGGACAGUACUUAUUAAAACAAAUCUGUAAGUAAUCUACUUACUGAGAUCUACUAUUGUGUAUAUAUGUGUAUUUGGCAUUAAUUUUGCAUAAGUGUUGUUUCCAUCUAUAUAAUAUAGACUAUAAUUAGUUACUGCAUCUUUUCCUCGUUUGGCGUCAGCCAAAUUAGCUAUACUUAAGUUAUGUGGUUUGCUUAUAGGUUUUAUAAUGGGUUGUUUGUCGACGACCAAGAUGAUGAGAUUGGGCGAUUGCGGUUCUGAUCUAUACGAACAGCAGACAAUUGGUACACGAGAACAAGACGAAGCUCAAAUACCAUUUUUCUAUCCUCAUUUCCCGGAUGAUAUGCGUGUAUGA